GUAUCAAACACUUGUACAUCUUCCAAGACAGAAGGAAACCGGUCUCAUCAUUUCCAUUUCUUUAUCAAUUAUUCUUGAACUACAAGAUGGAAGACAGUUCAAAUCUCAAUCGCCACCGUCAAUCCUUGGAAAAAUGCCGCUCCCGUAAUUCUGCAGCCACCACUAAUAAUUGCCGCAGCCACCAAUAUAGGGAUGACGACUUUAGUAUCGAAAAAGGUGACUCUGAGACGUGGAAUAGUUUUUCAAACAAAUACAGACAAGUGCAAUCGGUGUUGGAUCGAAAUAGAUUACUGAUUCAACAGGUUAACGAGAACCAUCAAUCAAGAACGCACAAUAGUAUGGUGCAGAACGUGGGCCUAAUUCAGGAGCUGAACGGAAACAUAUCAAAGGUUGCUUCUCUCUAUUCUGAUUUCAAUACCGACUUCAGAACCAUGGUUCAUCAGCGGAAGAACGGCGUUUGAGAGCCACUACAGAGGCCUUUUAAUAUUUAAUCUAUAUUCAAUAAUGUAUUAACUUCCUUUCUCUCUCCAGCUAAUUGGAUUAAAAAUUCUGGGUUGAAAUA